UUCCGUUCACACAGUAACAAUUCAAGCUGCCGACCCAUUCCUUUUGAUUCUGAAGAAACCCUUGAUUCCCCAUAAGCAAGCUUCCUUUUCCUUCACAUAGCCAUUUUGUAUUUGUUUGUCAUUUUGGUUGUCGAAUUUGAUAUAGGCUUUUGUUAUUUGGGGGGAGGAGACUGAGAGAAGGGAAGAUGUUAACGUGUGUAACUUGUUCAAAGCAGCUAACCAACAACAAUGGAUCUGUUGGUCGUCAACAGGACGAAGAUACUUUGGAAACUCCUAGGACUAGGCAAGCCAUUAAAUCUCUCACUUCUCAGAUCAAGGACAUUGCAUUGAAAGCAUCGGGAGCUUAUAAAAACUGCAAGCCAUGUUCUGGUUCAUCAAACCAUAACCGGAACUAUGUUGACUCUGAUGCUGCUUCUGACUCAGCACAUUUCCAUUGCCCUUACCGAAGAAACGGAAGCCAUACACCCCGAAACUGGGGCAAAGAGAUGGAAUCAAGACUAAAAGGACUUUCCAGUGCAGAAGGUACCCCAACAUCAGUUAGUGGCUGUACAGAAUCAUUAGCGUUUAUGGAGGAAGAUGAACCUAAGGAAUGGGUUGCUCAUGUGGAGCCCGGUGUUUUAAUCACAUUCGUCUCAUUGCCUGAAGGAGGGAAUGACCUGAAACGAAUUCGAUUCAGUCGUGAAAUGUUUAAUAAAUGGCAAGCUCAAAGGUGGUGGUCAGAGAACUAUGACAAGAUCAUGGAAUUAUACAAUGUUCAACACUUCAACCAUCAAGCAGUCCCACUUUCAACUCCCUCAAGAUCUGAAGACAAAGGAUCAAGAGUUGAAUCAGCAAAGGAAGGUCCUUUGACUCCACCCCUGGAAAAAGAACAGCCGCACAACUUUGUGCGGCCAACAGGAAUGGGCUACUCUCCAUCGGAUUCCCUAGAUCAUCGCCCAGUGCAAUCCCGUCAAUAUUAUGACUCCGCUGCACUUGCUUCAACACCGAAACUCUCCAGCAUUAGUGGUGCCAAGACUGAGACAUCAUCUGUAGAUGGCUCUGUAAGGAGUAGCUCGUCAAGAGAAAAUUAUUCUAGAGAGCCCUCCAUUAGUAAUACCAGUGACAUAGAAACCGAAUGGGUUGAGCAGGAUGAACCAGGGGUUUACCUCACUAUUAGAGCACUUCCAGGUGGCUCUCGUGAGCUUAGACGUGUCCGCUUCAGCCGAGAAAGGUUUGGAGAAAUGCAGGCAAGGAUGUGGUGGGAAGAAAAUCGAGGCAGGAUACAACAACAAUACUUACUGUGAGAUUUAGCAAAUCAGUGGCAUAGUGACAAUUUAUCUCCUUUUAAUUUAACCCACAGUUUUUACUGUUUAG